AUGUCCAAUGGAAGCUCCAUGACCGAGUUCCUCCUCCUGGCAUUUGCAGACACCUGGGAGCUGCAGCUCUUGCACUUCUGGCUCUUCCUGGGCAUCUACCUGGCUGCCCUCCUGGGCAAUGGCCUCAUCAUCACCACCAUCACCUGCGACGACCACCUCCACACCCCCAUGUACUUCUUCCUCCUCAACCUCUCCCUCCUUGACCUGGGUUUCAUCUCCACCACUCUCCCAAAGUCCAUGGCCAAUUCCCUGUGGGACACCAGGGCCAUCUCCUAUGGGGGAUGUGCUGCACAGGUCUUUAUGUUUCUAUUUUUUCUAUCAUCAGAAUAUUUUCUUCUCACUGUCAUGGCUUAUGACCGCUACGUUGCCAUCUGCAAACCCCUGCACUACGGGACCCUCCUGGGCAGCAGAGCUUGUGUCCACAUGGCAGCAGCUGCCUGGGGCAGUGGGUUUCUCAAUGCUCUGCUGCACACGGCCAAUACCUUUUCACUACCACUCUGCCAAGGCAAUGCCCUGGACCAGUUCUUCUGUGAAAUCCCCCAGAUCCUCAGGCUCUCCUUCUCAGACACCUACCUCAGGGAAGUUGGGCUUAUUGUGGUUAGUACAUUUCUAUUUUUGGUGUGUUUUGUUUUCAUUGUGCUGUCCUAUGUGCAGAUCUUCAGGGCUGUGCUGAGGAUCCCCUGUGAGCAGGGACGGCACAAAGCCUUUUCCACCUGCCUCCCUCACCUGUCUGUUGUCUCCCUCUAUCUCAGUACUGGCAUAUUUGCCUACCUGAAGCUCCCAUCCAUCUCCUCCUCAUCCCUGGAUGUGGUGUUUGCUGUUUUGUACUCGGUGGUGCCUCCAGCUGUGAACCCCCUCAUCUACAGCAUGAGGAACCAGGAGCUCAAGGAUGCCCUGAGGAAACUGGUAACUGGAUGUCUUUCAGCAGCCAUAGGCUGCCUACCUUCCUCUGCAGCUGACUCCCAGUGUACGUCGUGA